CUGCAUGGGCUAAUUCUCUCUAGCUUGUGGUAUUGUAUAGUUUUCCCUGUUGUUAACGUGGGCCACCUUGAUCCUCCACCUCUGUGUUGAAACAAAAGACACUUUUUUUAAAACCAGAGGCUCAGCUGUGCGCCCCUCACCCCUGCACCUUUAAGGCAAUGGAGAGCGAGAGAGUCGGCUGCGGAGUAGGAGGCGAGGGUUUAUUCCACAGUGCUCUGAGGCAGGGCAGCUUUUAAGCGCAUGGACCAGUGUGCGCAGUUUGUGUGUGCGGCUGCGGGGGGAAGAUGCGUGUGCUUGUUGCUCGCCGGACGGAGAGAGGCGGCGAAGAGAGAAUGAGUUUCCAGCGCAGCUAACAAUCAAAUCCAACUUUACGCAUUUUAUUCAUUUACCUGAGAGGACAUGUGUGUCUGUUUUCAGUGAAUUUAUUUAUUUCAUUUAUUGAUUAUUUUUCCGAUUUUGGAACCUUUUGGGUUUUUUUUUUGCUUUAAAUUGUGGAGUUGGGUGUGCGCACAGGUAGUUUGUCCUAUGCUUCUCCAGCCUCUGACUCAGCAGCAGCCGCGGCACAGCUCACCUGGACCGGAGCAUACCGAGUCGAGAUCCCUCAUGUUCCAAGCAGAACAGCGCUCCGACACGGGGGGACGGCUGCGCUGAGGCCCGGCGCGGUGCGGUGCGGUGCGGUGCGGUCAGUCCAAAAAUAAAGAAGCGGAGACGCACAGUUGUGGAUCAUACACUGUCUCCCGUACCAGCAGAAGGAAGAAGCUCAAACCUCCUCCUUUUCAUCUCCUUCUUCCCAACGUGAAGGAUUGAGAGGAAGAGAGGGAGAAAGAGAAACAGAGAGAGGGAGAGAGAGAGAUUUGCAAGCUCCCCUUUCUUUCUUUCUUUCUUUCAUUGCAAUUGACUUGUUGAAGAAAUAAAAGGAAGAAAUAACAAGAGGAAAGAGUGCGGGGAGAGAAGAAGAAAAAGCAUAAGCUUGGAUAUUGAACGGAGCGGGGCAUGUGGAUAUUGGCUCUUAUCUUUUCCCAGUGCAUCUUGAAUGUUUUCUGUGAAGAUCUACGUUCCAGCUUAUAUUUUGUCAAUGCAUCUGUGCAAGAGGUAGUGUUUGCCAGCACCACAGGGACAUUGGUGCCCUGUCCCGCCGUAGGCGUGCCCCCCGUCUCGCUGCGCUGGUACCUGGCCACCAGCGAGGAGAUCUAUGAUGUGCCAGGGAUCCGCCAUGUGCACCCCAAUGGCACCCUUCAGAUAUUCAAUAUCCCCCCUUCCAGCUUUAGCAAACUCAUCCACGACACCACCUACUAUUGCACAGCAGAGAACCCCUCAGGGAGAAUCAGGAGCCAAGAUGUACACAUUAAGGCUGUCCUACGAGAGCCCUACACUGUCCGGGUGGAGGACCAGAAAGCCAUGAGAGGAAAUGUGGCGGUCUUCAAGUGCAUUAUCCCUUCCUCAGUGGAGGCCUACAUCACUGUUGUGUCCUGGGAGAAAGACACAAUGUCAAUCAACGCUGAAAUGUCACGGUUUCUCAUCACAUCCACCGGAGCCCUGUAUAUCCUGGAUGUGCAAAUGGAAGACGGGCUGUACAACUACAGGUGUAUGACACGCCAUCGGUACACAGGAGAGACUCGACAGAGCAAUAGUGCCCGCCUCAUUGUCUCAGACCCCACCAACUCAGCGCCCCACAUCCUGGACAGCUUCGAGCGUCGUGAGGUCAUGGGCUCUCAUCGAGUGGAGUUGCCCUGCAAGGCCUCCGGUCACCCCGCACCCAAAUACCGCUGGCUAAAGGACAACCGGCCGCUGGAGCCCGACCCUCGCUUCAGACAGAGUGUGACAGGCCUGCUGAUAGAGAGAACCCAGCCCGGCGACACAGGGACGUAUGUGUGUGAAGUGUGGAAUGGAUAUGGAAACGCUGAGGUGGCUGGCAUGCUGCUGGUUAUAGAACAGCUGAAGGUUGUGGUGAGCCCGCGAAAGGUGAAAGGCAGCGUUGGGAGCCAGGUGUCACUGUCCUGCAGCGUAACAGGCUCAGAGGAGUACCACUUAUCCUGGUACCGCAACGGAGAGCUCAUCUACCCCAGCAACAGCGUUCGCAUGACGGGCCAAAACAGGGAGAAUCUGGUCAUGGCUGGUAUGGCCAAGAGCGAUGGAGGAGCCUAUCAGUGUUUCGCCAGACACGCCAAGAUGUCCGCCCAGGACUUUGUUCAAGUCAUCCUGGAAGAUGGUACCCCCAAGAUCCUGGCUUCAUUCAGCGAGAAGGUCUACAACAUCAAUGAGUUUGUGUCACUGUCGUGCACGGUGAAGGGCACGCCGGAGCCCCGGGUCUCGUGGACUCUGGAUGACGAACCUGUGAUACGGGACAGCCGUCACCGCAUCUCCCACUACAGCAACACCGAGGGCCAUGCGGUCAGCCACCUGAACAUCAGCCAGACCCAGGUGCCAGACGGAGGGGUGUAUCGCUGCAUCUGCAACAACUCGGCCGGGACCGUUUCCUACCAGGCGCGAAUAAACGUAAGAGGGCCUGCCAGCAUCAGAUCAAUGAAAAACCUCACUGCCAUCGCUGGGCGGGACAUGUACAUCCACUGCCGUGUCAUUGGCUACCCGUACUACUCCAUCAAGUGGUACAAGGACUCCAAUCUGCUGCCCUACAACCACCGGCAGCGGGCCUUUGAGAACAACGGCACCCUGAAGCUGUUUGAUGUGCAGAAGGAUGUGGAUGAAGGAGAAUACACCUGCAACGUGUUGGUGCAGCCGCAGCUCUCCACACACCAGAGCGUCUAUAUUACUGUGAAAGUUCCACCUACCAUCCACCCAUUUGAGUUUCCUCGGUUUUCUAUCGGCCAGCGAGUCUUCAUCCCCUGCGUGGUCAUGUCCGGCGACCAGCCCGUCUUCAUCACCUGGCAGAAGGAUGGUCGGCCAAUCCCGGCCAGCCUGGGUGUCACCAUAGACAACAUAGACUUCACCAGCUCCCUGCGAGUCUCCAACCUUACACUGAUGCACAAUGGGAACUACACCUGCAUUGCACGCAACCAGGCCGCCGCCGUAGAGCACCAGAGCCAGCUCAUUGUCCGAGUUCCUCCCAAAUUUGUGGUGCAACCUAAGGACCAGGAUGGCAUCUAUGGAAAAGCAGUGAUCCUAAACUGCUCUGCUGAAGGAUAUCCUGUUCCUACCAUCCAAUGGGAAUACUCGAAAGGCGCCGGGGUCCCUCAGUUCAGAUCCAUUGCCCUGAACUCAGGCUUUCGCAUUGAAGUGCUGGUCAACGGCUCUCUGUUCAUCAAGCAUGUUCUGGAAGAAGACAGCGGCUUCUACCUGUGUAGAGUCAGCAACGACGUUGGAGCUGAUGUCAGCAAGUCCAUGUAUCUCAAUGUCAAAAUCCCUGCCAUGAUCACAUCGUACCCCAACACCACGCUGGCCACUCAGGGUGAAGAGAAGAAGAUGAGCUGCACGGCCCACGGAGAGAAACCCAUCAUGGUGCGCUGGGAGAAGGAGGAACGCAUCAUCAACCCAGAGACCAGCCGCUACGUGGUUUCUGUCAAGGAGGUGGGCGAUGAAGUCAUCUCCACCCUGCAGAUCAUGCCCACAGUGAGGGAGGACUCUGGCUUCUUCUCUUGUCAUGCCAUCAACUCGUUUGGAGAAGACAGAGGAAUCAUUCAGCUCACAGUGCAAGAGCCCCCGGACCCCCCAGAGGUGGAGAUCAGAGAGGUGAAGGACAGGACCAUUGCACUGCGCUGGACUAUGGGUUUCGAUGGCAACAGCCCAAUCACAGGCUUCGAUAUUGAGAGCAAGAACAAAUCAGCCUCCUGGGAUACGGCUCAGAAGACCAAAGAUGUCUCACCUCAGCUCAACCAGGCCACCAUCAUCGACCUGCACCCCUCCUCCACCUACAACAUCCGCAUGUUCGCCAAGAACCUGAUCGGCAAGAGCGAGGCCAGCAACGAGCUCACCAUCACCACGGACGAAGCCGCUCCUGACGGACCGCCUCAGGACGUGCAGCUGGAAGCCUUCUCCUCUCAGAGCAUCCGAGUCGCUUGGAGGGCCCCGAAGAGGCACCUGCAGAACGGGGCCAUCAAAGGCUACCAGGUGGGCUACAGGGAGUACAGCUCGGGGGGGAACUACCAGUUCAGUGUGAUCAGCGUGGAGACCACAGGAGACAACGCAGAGAGCCUGGUGCUGGACAACCUGAAGAAGUUCACCCAGUAUGGAGUGGUGGUGCAGGCCAGCAACAGCGCAGGGACGGGCCCCUCCUCCACAGAGGUGGCUGCAACCACGCUGGAAGAUGUGCCCAGUCGCCCUCCAGAGAACGUCCAGGCCCUAGCCUCGUCUCCGGAGGUCAUCUCUCUGUCCUGGCUGACGCCCCCCAAAGACGCUCUGAACGGAAACCUGCUGGGCUUCAGGGUCAUCUACUGGGCCAACCUUCCUGAUGGAGAGCUGGGAGAGAUCAGGAACGUGACCACCUCUAAGCCCUCUCUGGAGCUGGACGGACUGGAGAAGUACACCAACUACAGCAUACAGGUGCUGACCUUCACCAGAGCGGGAGACGGAGUCCGCAGUGAGCAGAUCUACACCCGCACCAAGGAGGACGUUCCCGGGCCUCCGGCGGGGGUGAAGGCAGCAGCUGCUUCUAACUCUGUGGUGUUUGUGUCCUGGCUUCCUCCUCUCAAAGUGAACGGCAUCAUCAGGAAAUACACCGUGUUCUGCUCCAACCCACACCCCACGGUGAGCAGUGAGUUUGAGGCGGCUCCAGAUGUGUUCUUCUACCGCAUCCCCAACCUGAGCAGGAACCGUCAGUACAGCAUCUGGGUGGUGGCCGUCACCGCCGCCGGCCGGGGGAACGCCAGUGACAUCAUCACUGUCAAACCCAUGGCUGAGGCUCCGGCUCGGAUCCUGACCUUCAACAGGACAGUCACCACCCCCUGGAUGAGGGACAUCGUGCUGCCGUGUAAAGCGGUGGGAGAUCCAUCUCCAACCAUCAAGUGGCUGAAGGAGAUCAACGGAACCCCAGCACCUGUUGUGAUUGACAGCCGGCGCAGCGUCCAUGGUAAUGGCAGCCUCGUUAUUCGCACGGUGAAAGCAGAGGAUUCUGGGAACUACACUUGCGUUGCCAGUAACAGCUUCGGUUCAGAAAAGAUCGUCCUCAACCUGCAGGUCCAAGUUCCACCGGACCAGCCUCGCCUCACAGUAACGAAGACAACCACCACGUCAAUAACCCUCUCCUGGAUCCCUGGGGACAACGGAGGCAGCUCCAUCAGAGGCUACAUCCUGCAGUACUCGGAGGAUAACAGCGAGCAGUGGGGGAACUUUCCCAUCAGCCCCAGUGAGCGCUCCUACAGACUGGAGAACCUCAAGUGUGGAACCUGGUACAAGUUCACACUCACUGCCCAGAAUGCAGUGGGGCCAGGGCGCAUCAGUGAGAUCAUUGAAGCAAAGACCCAUGGGAAAGAGCCUCAGUACUCUAAAGAGCAGGAGCUGUUCACCAGCAUCAACGCCACUCGGGUGAAGCUCAACCUGAACGGCUGGAACAACGGUGGCUGCCCCAUCACCUCCUUCACCCUGGAGUACCGACCGAUGGACGCGCCCUCCUGGACCACGGCGCAGCGCACCUCCCUCACCAAGAGCUACAUCCUGUACGACCUGCAGGAGGCCAGCUGGUACGAGCUGCAGAUGAAGGUCUACAACAGCGCCGGAUACGCUGAGAAGAGAGUCAAGUUUUCAACUCUCAGCUACGAUGGCAGUACGAUCGCACCUUUGGUGAAGGCCCCCAACGUAAGUGAGGACCACUCUGGAGGCGGCGAGGGCUUAAAGAUGAUGGUGACUAUUUCCUGUGUGUUGGUGGGCAUCGUUGUAAUCUUCAUCGGGCUGCUGGUGCUGAGGAGGAGGAGGAGGGAGCAGAGGCUGAAGAGGCUCAGAGAUGCUAAAAGUUUGGCUGAGAUGUUAAUGAGUAAAAACACACGUCCAGCAGAGCCAGUCAACAAACAGCAACAGACGCUCCGCAUGCACAUCGACAUCCCCAGAGCCCAGCUGCUGAUCGAGGAGAGAGACACCAUGGAGACUGUUGACGACCGGUCCACUGUGUUACUGACCGAUAACGACUUCGGGGAGACCCAGAAACAGAAGUCCUCCACAGUCACUCACACGGUCCACUAUCAGUCCCUGUCCCAGGCCACCGGCCCCCUGGUGGACGUGUCUGACGCCAGACCAGGAACCAGUAAGUCCAACCCUACGGCCCGCCGCACAGCCAAAGCCGGCCCGGCCGCUCGCAACCGCUACGCCAGCCAGUGGACCCUGAACCGCCCCCACCCCCCGGUCUCCUCCCACACUCUCAGCACUGACUGGAGGCUGCCCACCCCCAGAGUGGCAGGCUCUGUGGACAAGGAGAGUGACAGCUACAGCGUCAGCCCAUCUCAGGACACAGACCGCGCGCGGAGCAGCAUGGUGUCCACAGAGAGCGCGUCCUCCACCUACGAGGAGCUGGCCAGAGCCUACGAGCACGCCAAGAUGGAGGAGCAGCUGCGCCACGCCAAGUUCACCAUCACCGAAUGCUUCAUCUCUGACACUUCCUCAGAGCAGAUGACGACAGGCACCAACGACUACACCGACAGCCUGACCUCCAGCACACCGUCCGAAUCAGGCAUCUGCCGCUUCACUGCCUCCCCGCCCAAGCCUCAGGACGUCAGCCGGGUCAUGAACAUGGCCGCGCCCAAGGCCCACAGACCGGGGGGCGAGCUGGUUCACCUUCCUCCAUACCUGCGCAUGGACUUCCUGUUAAACCGAGGCAUGUCCUGCUCGGGCUCCUCCAGGGGGACAGCGAGCGGGGAGCGGGCGGCCAUGGGUCAGGCCUGUCUGGAGCCCCAGAAAAGCCGUUCUCUGAAGCGGCCCUCUCGCAUGGCGCCCCCGACCCCUACAGAGGCCCCUCAGGCCAGCAGGGACCAGGCGGCCCAGUGGCAGCCUGGCUCCGCAGCCACGCUCCCCCACAGAGAGGGCUCAGAGCUGGCCCAGGCCGCCAAGCUCAGUACCUCCCAGGAGUCCCUGCUGGACUCGCGGGGACAUCUCAAACAGAGCAGCAAUCCCUACGCAAAGUCCUACACGCUGGUAUAACAGCAGGGACCCGAGGGCAGGACUACGACUCGAACACUGGACUUAACACUCAAGUGCAGUAAACUGACCUUCACCACGCAGUUCUGUAUAUACGUCCACCCUCCUCCAAGAAGGGGGGGGGGUCACUUUUACUAAUCUCCUUUUAUUUAUUUUAGAGCUUUCUUUUAUUUCUUUUUUGUAUUUCUUUUUUUUGUUUCACUUGAGAAAAAAUGCACUCAUCGGAAACGACUCCAGCCGGAGUUUUGCCAAACUAAUUGAGGGAGCAUUAUUUAUUCUUGAGUAUUGUUAAUUCUUUAUAAUUAAUCAGUGAUUAUUAAUUGUUAGUUGUCAGCUAUUAAUGAUCAUUAAUUAUCGAUAACCAAAUGAUCUAUUCUUAACAUUAACACACAGUUUCAUAAAAACCCGGACAUCUUUUUUUUUCCUGGAGUGGAAGAUGACGAUUUGGAGUCAUUUUUUUCCUAUGGAAUAUCCUUCUGAAACACUGAACCAAACUCGGGAGAAAUCUUUGAAUGAAAGCAAUUGACACCAGUCCAAACUUUUCAGCUGCUCUCAAAUUGUUACUUUUUUUGAAUAAAAAAAAAAAAAUCUAUUUCCUAUGGAUGCAUGGGGACUGACCAACUAAAAGACAAUGAGGAUUACGAUCGUGGCUGGACGGCCCAGUCAGCAUUUUGUCACACUAUGAAAUGAUCCAAUGUGAAGAUUUAUUAUUCUUAUUACUAUAAAUAUAUAUAUAAAAAGAGAAAUCACUUUUAUUUGUGGAUAUUACAGGGAAUAAUUGAUUUGGUUAAUAAAGUCCUUAGUCAUGUUUGCACAUAUCUCGUUUUAAUUAGGAAAUGGAGUCUCUGUUGAUCUUUCUCUGUGUCCCAUUGUCUGAUGGUGCAAUAUGAAACAAGAUAUGAAAAGUAUAUGAAAACUAUUGCUCUAUACUGUACUGUAAUGAUGAAAAUAACUAUGUUGUGAGUAUACUUACAGGGCCGGACACACUCCAGCUAUGUAUUCAGGUGUAGUUUACCACUGCUUGUUUGGUGGUAAAUGAUGUUAGCUAGAAUAGGGAGGGUUUAGAGAACUAAUGGUUUGCACUUCACAACACCCCGACUCAAGUGUGUCCAGAUAGAUCCCCUUACUCUCAGUGCACUAGGUAGAGUCUUCAUGGCUCUCACUCUCCUCAGUAGAUUUACUGUCGCUGCAUUGCAGUGACGCUCCUCUACAGGGAAAAAAAAAACGUGAGACAAUCCAGCAGAAUCCCCCUUCAAACCAAACCUAUAAUGUCUAUGGGAAAUAUCUGAAAAAAAAGAAGAAAAAAAGUGGAUAUACGUAAAGAAUCUGUUUUUGUUCCUGUCUACCCUGGCCUGUUUCUGUUCUCUCUGUUUCUUUGAGUUAGUCUGAAGGGAGUUUGAUCCAAAAUGCUGUGAGGUCAUUAUGUCAGUUUCUAUGAUGAGUUUCUAUGAUUAACUGUCUUCAUUAUGAUUAUACAUUUUAACGGAAAGAAAAUGUCACUUUUUAUUUUUAACAUGAGUGUUCACCAUGGUGGCACUGAAAUAAAGAGAAACUAACACAAAGUUCAAAUUUGGUUAAUAAAAUGGCUGUUCCCCAAA